AUGUUUCGCUUCUUGGUUGUGGCGCUGUCUCCCUUCGCUUCCGCCGUACGUGGCACCAUGAUGGACGCCGACAUCCAGACAGAGGACCUCUAUACUGCCCAUGCCUUCCAAAUGGUACGCCGCUACACGAAGUUGCAGAUGACGGAGGAGGAGGUGCAGCGUGUGUUGGACCAGCACGGUGACCUGAAAGAAGCUGUCGGCGCGCACCUUAACUUCACCGAGACCAGGCUUCCUGCCAGCUUGGUGCAGGGGGACCUGAAGUCGGCGCUCCUGGAGCGUGCGCGUGCUGCCUUGGGUGACAAAGGCAAGGCGCUGGAUGGCACGGUCCACGGCAAGACGCCGUGCAGGUGCUUCAUCGAGAAGAUCAAGAUCCUCGGCCAGAAAGUCCAGCUGGCAGACCUCGACCGCGAGCGCGUGGGCUAUUCGUGCGCUUCGAGCUGCAUGAACCGCUGCAGCGGCGACAGCAAGUACAAGAUGGACCCACACGAGGCGCGCGUUCUGGGCGCUGAUGGUGUGCACCAAGCCAUGAAGGUCGGCCAAUGCGAGGAUGGGGAGUGCAAGUGCCUGGACGCCACCCAGUCCGUCCAGCAAGUGCGAUGGGCCAACGAGAGAUUGCGCACCAGGCUUGACGUGGUGGUGCUGCCGGCCCCCCAUUACGCUGCAAACGAGCCGCCCAACCAGUACAACUCGCCGGAAGAGUGCCUGAACAGCUGUGGCCGCUACUCUUGCCGCGACCAACAGAUGGGAGCCUACGAGAUUGACUGGGAGGGCAUGUGCAUCGACGAGUGGGGACAUGCCGGUGGAGCCGGCGAGUGGGGGCAUGCCAGUGAGUGGGGAUAUUAG